AUGGCGUCGUCUCUCUCUCUGUUGGAAGACAAGGUGACGUGUCCUGUGUGUUGUGAUAUCUUCACAGAUCCUGUAAUUCUGCCCUGUAGCCACAGUUUCUGUAGAGUUUGUAUUAAAAAACAUUGGGCAGACAGACACGCAAAGGAGUGUGUGAUCUGCAGAGAGAAAUCGUCUAACCGGAAUCCGCCGCUUAACCUGGCACUGAAGAACGCCUGCGAGUCUAUUAAAAAGAUUAAGAAGGACAGUGGCUCUUCUGGGUUGGUUCCCCAUAGCUUGUUUUGCACACAGCAUUCAGAACCUCUACAGUUCUACUGUCUGGACGAAGAACAGCUGGUGUGUGUGGAAUGCAUCUCCCAACAUCAGACGCAUAAAAUGUCCUCCAUCAAGAAGGCAGCCUCUGAGUUUAAGAAAGGUCUGGAAGCACCACUGAAGAUACUGCAGGAAAAGUUAAACUCACUAAAGGAGACAAAACUCAUCUUUAAGAGAACAAAAGACCAUAUAAAGUCUCAGUUUAAGCACUCAGAGACUCAGAUAGAAGAGGAAUUUGAGAAACUUCAUCAGUUCCUCAGAGAGGAAAAGGAGACCAGGUUAGCUACACUGAGAGAGGAAGAGGAGCAGAAGAGACAGAACAUGAAAGAGAAGAUAGGAGAGAUAGAUGAAAUGAUGUCAUCGCUUUCCGAAACAAUGAAGGACAUAAAGGAGAAGAUGGAGAGAGAUGAUGCACUCGUCCUACUGGUGAGAAAAACUAACAUUUAG